GGGUUGGGCUUCCUGGGUCAGCGCCGCGGCUGCAUCCGCGCCCGGCCCCGCUGCUGCGCCCGGCCCGGGCGGGGGGAGCCCGGGGGCCGCGCUGGGCUGGAGCCGCCCCUGGGCCGCGCAGCGCCGAGCUCCGCCGGGGGAGCUGCUGAGCCGGGGCCGGCAGGAUUUCUCAUCCCUGGGCCGGACACGCUCUCCCGGAUGGAGCGAGGGGCAGAGCUGUGGGUCCCAGGCCCCCGGGGUGCUGAGGAGACCCCAAGAGACGCCCGCACAGCACAUGGGAACGAGGAGGAGGCAACCCAGCCGGGGGCGGUGAACGAGACGCUGCCAGGGGACGUUUCCUGGAGUCCGGAGCCGGGGAAAGCUUCCGAGGGGCAGGAGGGGAACCCCGCGGAGGAGAGUGGGGGUGAAUCCGCUCCCCGCGGGGGCGACACAACGGACCUCAGCGAAGCCACGGCCCGGCCAGGGCGACUCUACACCUGCCCGGAGUGCGGGAAAAGCUUCACGCAGAGCUCGCACUUCAUCCGGCACCAGACGGUGCACACCGGGGAGCGGCCCUACCAGUGCGCCGACUGCGGCAAGAGCUACCGGCAGAACUCGGACCUGGUGACCCACCGCCGGCUCCACACGGGCGAAGAGCCCUUCCACUGCGCCGAGUGCGGCAGGCGCUUCCGGCAGAGCUCGGAGCUCCUCGUCCACCAGCGCGGCCACACGGCCGAGGCCCCCUACCCCUGCCCCGAGUGCGGCAAGCGCUUCCGGCGCAGCUCGCACCGCCUGGCCCACCAGCGCACCCACACGGCCGAGCGCCCCUGCCCCUGCCCCGACUGCGGCAAGGGCUUCCGCACCCGCUCGGACGUGGCGCAGCACCGGCGGGUCCACACGGGCGAGCGGCCCCACCAGUGCCCGGAGUGCGGCGAGCGCUUCAGCGUGCGGUCCACCCUCGUGAGCCACCGGCGGGUCCACGCGGGCGAGCGGCCCUUCGCCUGCCCCGAGUGCGGCCGGGCCUUCGCCCAGAGCUCCACCCUCAACCGGCACCGGCGGGUCCACGCGGGCGAGCGGCCCUACCGCUGCCUGGAGUGCGGCAAGCGCUUCAGCCGCAGCUCCAACCUGCUGACCCACCAGGUGCUGCAUACGGGCGAGCGCCCCUACCCCUGCCCCCGCUGCCCCAAGCGCUUCAACCAGCGGGCCAACCUGCUGACCCACCAGCGGGUCCACACGGGCGAGCGGCCCCACCAGUGCCCCGGCUGCGGCAAGCGCUUCAGCCAGCUCGCCAACCUGCGGGCCCACCUGCGGCUGCACGCCGGGGACUGACCCCCCGGCCGGCUCGCCGGCACCGGGGGCGGCCGGUCGGGGGCUCCUCCGGCUCGGCAGCCCCCGGCCGGCCCGGCGUGAAGGGGCCAAAGGCGCUAACGCUGUCCACUGUCGCCCCACGGCGUUGGAGGCGGGCCGGGGUCGGGGGGCAGAGUCCUCUGCCCGCUCAGCGCCAGGGCACCUUUUCUUGAGCACGCCGCAAAAAAGGCCAAGCCGGUAAAGCCUUCGCAGCAUGAAGUACGAAGCCAGCCAGGCUUUCCUUGUCACAGCGUCCCUGGUCCCCUUCCCAUCCGCCCGGGAGAGGAAACUCCCUUCCUCUGAGCGUCUCCGGGGUGCGUCAGAGCUGGCUGUGACGGGACAGGAGAAGGGAGCUGAGACGGGCUGGAGCCAGUCGUCCGAUCCUGUUCAGCCCAGGUGUUGUCUGGGCUUUGGCUGGAGCUGGGGGAGGUGGCCGUGUCCUCUGGGUCCCGCUCUCUGGCCCGGGCUGGGUCGGCAUUUCUCAGGGUCGAGAUCCCAGGAGACGGGGGUGGCAGCCAGGGUGGGGAAACUUGCUCCAGUAGACCCAUCUGGUUGUUUUGUUUUUCCCCCCAACGUCUCUUUCUUUGAGGCCCCGCAAAGCGGGUGGUGGGCGGCCCAGCCCAGCCCCUCGUCAUUAUGUAAUAAAUUAAAUU